AUGACUAUCAGCAAUAAAAAAAGGCAGCAAUUACAGGCUCUUGAAAAGGCCAGGGCCAAUCAAAAACGUAUAAAAACAGCUCAUUUUGACAAUGAAGACAACAACAACAAAAGUGUAUUCAAGCCACUGGACUUGUACAAUGACUCUGAGACAUCACUCUGCAGACUAGGAGUGGAUGUAGUCUAUAUAGCCCCUGACCCCUGUGGCUCCGAACUGGAUCAUCCUCCAGCUUAUCCCAAUUCCCCCAAUUCUUUUGACUCUGACUCUUCUGAUUCUGAAGGAGAUUCCGACUCUGGCUCUAGCAGUGGAGAACUCCCAUGGGAACUUAGUUAUUACCGCCCACCAACUGUUGCCCAAGCGCAGACAGCACUUGCCACACUUGAUUCUGCACGCCGGACCCAACUUCCAUCAGGUGGAUACAAGUACAAAGACCUGGACCGGAUCACUGCUGAGCAAUACACUGCAAUACAAGCCUGUCUGAACCAAUUCCUUGAGGCUGAGCCAAAAGGAAAGAAAUUUAUUCAGGCAUCCAAGGAUGCAGCACGUAUGCAUAAUCGAAGAGAUACAUAUGCCCGAACAAUCCGUAAAUGGACCCGUCAACUCAUCAAUUAUGGUGACUUACCUGGGAAUAUCCGAGGUUGGUGGAACGUAUCCACACUGGAGGAUGAGGAUGUGUCAUCUGCAAUCAGGCUUCACUUACAGAAAGCUGGGAAGUUGGCGGGUGCACAGGAUGUGGUGGACUUUCUGUCUGAUCCAGAGGUUUGGAAAACACUGGACAUCAAGAAAAAGAUUAGUCUUCGAACAGCACAACGCUGGCUCUCUUGGGCUGGUUUUUCUUGGCAAUCUGAACCUGUGGGCCAAUACUUUGACGGUCACAAACAACAAGAUGUAGUUGAAUACCGGCAAAAGGUAUACAUACCUUUCCUGAAGAAAAUCGAGCGGCGGCGAAUAAUUUAUAAUCGGGAUGGUGUUGAAGAUCCUACACGUCCAUUGCGAUUACUACCUGGCAAGAAACCCAUUAUUUUGUGGUUUCACGACGAGACAAUUUUUUACGCAAACAAUCGUCGUAAAGUUCGAUGGGUCUUUGUUGGAGAAAGCCCAGUACCACACAAGAAAGGAGAGGGGUGUAGUUUAAUGGUGGCCGACUUUGUGUGUGCAGAGUUUGGGUGGUUGCGUGGACCGAAUGGUGAAUCUGCGAGAGUAACAAUGUUUCCCGGGGGCGACAAAGAUGGAUGGUUUACAAACGACCGUGUCAUUCUUCAACUAGAGGAUGCUGUCAAAAUUGUCAACGAACACUUCCCCCAGUUCACUCACAUAUUUGUGUACGACAAUGCUCCUUCGCACACGAAACGCUCGCUUUCCUCACUUUCCGCUUAUGGAAUGCCCAAGGGUCCGCUUCUGGACUGGCCUUACUACAAGGACAAGGACGACAAACGCGUGUUUGUGAGAAUGGAGAAUGGUUUUCUCCCAGACGGCUCACCCCAGGAGUUCUAUGACCCAAACGAACCCAAUCGUUUCAAGGGAAUGUUGUGGAUUCUUCAAGAGCGCAGUCUCGGUCAUCUUGCCGAUUUGAACGCAGUUUGCACGAAGGGAUGUGAACCAGGGAAGACUGACUGUUGCUGUCGUCGGGUAAUGAUGAACCAGCCAGAUUUCAAUAAUUGUGAAUCAGGCUUACAAGAGGCUGCUCGAGAGCUGGGAACUGAAGUGGUAUUUCUCCCAAAGUACCACUGUGAGCUGAGUAUGAUAGAGCAAGUCUGGGGAUACGCAAAAAGAGACUAUCGAGAUAAUCCCCCUAAUAGUAGCUCAAAAAAGUUGAAGGAGAACGCACUAAAGGCAUUAGAAUCACCCCCAAUUUUAUCGAUGCGCAAGUUCGCUGCUCGUUCUCAACGUUUUGCCAAUGGAUAUGACCAUGGUAUGGACGGGUCCCAAGCUGCUGCGUGGGCUACAACGAUAUUCAAACAUCACCAAGAGACCCCAGCACAUAUUCCGUACGACGAGAUUGCUCCUAACUAUUCGGUCAGUAGGCCCCCGGACUAUGUUAGUUUUUUGAGAAACAUCGCAUUUAGUGCACGAAUCGAAGAUGUACAGCUCGCCCUAUCUAAUGCCCUUCAUGGUGGUGAUUUCGCGCAGUUUGGAUCGGAGCCUAUCAAUUUCGACUUUCAAAUGCACCGUAACAAACGUGGAGGAGGAUUCUCCCAUGGAGGCACUGGUAGGGCAGGCACCCUUACUCUUCCUCAAGUAGAAAUAGCUGAAGAAUUCAUCCGGCGUUACUCAGGUCCAGCUCAACUAAUCGUGAAUAGUCGCCAAAUUUUCGUUGCUAAGUCGAAGAAAGACCUAAGACAGGAUGUUGUUGCACGGCUUCUUAGGACAAAAUAUCGCGACCCACAAAGCGAGGCCGAGAGAAGAUUGGCUGAGAGGGCUGAGCAGCUCUCGGCUAAGGUUCUACUCUCGAGAAUCGAGCAAGGGUGGAUAAAACGUAACUCCGAUUCUGCUUUCUCUUCUGAAUACUCAAUCAAUCUAGGGAGCAGUAUCAAGGAGUUAUCCUUGCACUUCGAUGACACUAAUCGAAAUAUCAUUAUUACAUUAGCCAUGGACUCGGACUCGGACGUGAACCUGGAAGUGGACGCCUUCUACAUCAGAUUUCGAUAUUCAGACAUCGAAGACAUCAUUUUUGAUAAUCAUUCUGAUACUAGCAAACUUCUCUUUCGACUACGCACAUCGGUCUCUUACGAGGCGAAGGAAUCGAUGCUCACUGAGCUCCGCCACUUGGAUAUAUUCAAUCCUACAGAGAGACGUUAUACACGUUAUCGGAUUACCUGCCUUCCCUUUGGUGAACAUGAAAAACUAGCCAAAUAUAUAUCCAACACCAUAUUGGUACAUUUAUCGAGGCCCGCAGCCAAGGAUUUCGAGAAAUUAGCUGAGCUUGCCCGUAUUUCUAAACCUUGGAAGAAACGCAUACAGCUUAGUCUGUCCAAUAUCUUUGGGCCUGCUACUAUUGCUGAGCUUAAGCGAUGGAUCCAAAGACACAAAUGGGAAGUGGCCUUUCAGUUACAAAAAAUCCUCUCCAAUGGCCUACUAAACCCCCAGGAAUACAUGUCUGUUCGGCCGAUGAUCGAAGAAUUGGUGAGGACGUCACGCACAGAACACGUUAUCAAAGUCUUGUUGGAUUUUGUCAGUCGACUCGAAAUUUUGAACAGAAGACAGGAGAAAGAGGAAAGUAGGGAAGAAGCAACCGUACUUGAAUGUCUUCAGAACGCGCUCCAAAAGUCCCGGCGCCCAACUCUGACUUCAAGAUUACGAACAUCUCGGAGACAGGGGGUUGAUGGCGACUUUCCGUGCCUUCAUGUCGUCGUAACACCUACCCGCGUCACCCUCGAAGGUCCGAAUCCUGAACAGUUGAAUCGAGUCCUGCGGAUGUAUCCCGAUCACUGGAACCACUUUUUACGAGUGCGCUUCACAGAUGAAGAGCAGUCCCCGUUUCGAGCAGACCAAGAAGUUGAUAUUCCGCGUUUUGUUAAGAGUCGUGUUGGUGGGGUGCUCAAAAAUGGUCUCACUAUUGCUGGGAGGCACUUUGAAUAUCUUGCGUAUUCUUCAUCGGCUUUGAAAGGCGAGUUAAUCCAUCAAGUUCCGCCCUCCUUUGCGAUUACGAUUUACGAUUCCAUCUCACAGGGCAUACCGUGUGGUGACUUUUCUAGAGAUGGCCAAUAUCCAGCUCGUAUGGGUGCGAGAAUCGCGCAAGCAUUUUCCUCCACGGAUUUAUCUAUCAGUGUUAGCGUUGAAGAGAUUCUUCCAAUCCCAGAUAUUGAACGAAAUGAUUCAAUAUUUACUGAUGGGGUUGGCAUGAUCUCGCCUGAAGUAGCAAAGAUGAUAUGGCGUUCACUUAACAAACUCCGAAAACGAAGAUCAUAUUUUUUACCUGCGGCAUACCAAGUGCGUCUAGGAGGUCACAAAGGGAUGCUGGCGAUAGACCAUAGGCUCGAAGGCUCUGUUAUAUGCGUGCGAAAGUCCAUGGAUAAAUUUGACUCGCCUUCGUUGGAUGUUGAAGUUGCUAGGGCAUUUGAUCGACCUGGUCGAUGCUUUUUGAAUCGUCCUCUUAUCAUGAUCCUUGAGACUGCAAAUAGGGUCCAAACCGAUAUCUUCCUGGCGUUGCAGCACCGAGCAGUCAGGGAUACCCGUCAAUCAAUGCGCUGCUUUGACACCGUUGCCGAGCUUCUUGAGAUGCACGGGCUUGGUGCAUCGUUCAAGCUUCCGUCUCUAUUCACCAGGCUGCAGAACAUUGGAAUAGAGGCCGAAUAUUGCAAUAGCCUUGGGAUAAAGACUAUCCUCAAAAACGCCGAGACAGAUAUUCUUCGAGAGCUGAAACACCGCGCCAGAAUACCCGUCCCCGAAUCCUGGAAAUUGGUUGGAAUCGCAGAUGAGUUUGGUUUCCUGGAAGAAGGAGAGGUUUAUGCGUGUUUGCGUGAUAAAAACCAAGGACCAAUAUACCUGGAAGGGCCAUAUCUGAUCACACGAUCGCCAGCCAUUCAUCCGGGUGACGUUCAAGUGGUUCGUGCUAUUGGAAGGCCACCCACAGGCAGUCCUUUUGAUAAAGAGCCUCUACCAAAUACUGUGGUUUUCUCAUGCAAAGGCCAACGAUCGCUUCCAAGUUGCUUAGGAGGAGGGGAUCUUGAUGGUGAUCUUUAUGAUCUUAUAAACUUAACGGCCUGGCCGGACCUUACCCCUCAAGUACUCGCUGAACCUGCAGAAUAUCCACCUGCUCCCAAAAAGCGUAUCGAAGGGCGAUCCUGUACUAUGGAUGACGUGAAAGAUUUUAUAUGUGAUUUUAUCACAUCAGAUAUGGUUGGCAUUAUAUCAACACAGCAUCUCAAACUGGCGGAUUUUCGUGCUUCGGGGGUCAAUGACCCUGAUUGCCUUAAACUUGCCGAGCUUCAUAGUAGGGCGGUUGACUUCCCCAAGUCUGGCACUCCUGUGGCCUCUUCUGAUAUGCCACGCUCUGGGAGAAUGCCCCGUCCUGACUGGGAUGCUGGUGAGUUAGGAUUCCGAAGCACACGAGACGAGGUGUACCCGAGCCAGCGCGCAUUGGGUCACCUCUACCGCGCCAUUCGGCUGUCUGAGGAAAAGCUUUCUCACCAAGGAACUCAUCCGACUACACGUUUUGGUACCGACCUUAAUCCGAGAAUUCAUGCGCAUCCUCUUCCUCGCAAUAGGUUUGACCCUAUUUCGCAUUACUUGCGCAAUUCUCUUGCGCGUUACAUCCAUGUUGAUGACGUCCCUGAAAACUACUUCAUCGAAUCAGUCGAGUUACUGGAAGAAUACGUCGGAGAGCUCACUCGUAUAUGCAAUACGUAUGCUCUUACUCCACGCUCGAUCAUAUCGGAAGAAGAGGUUGUAGCAGGUACUAUCCUUGAGCUUACUUCCCAGAGGCGUCGACGUCGGGAUAUGAUAUCCGAGAUGCGUACGGCUUCUUCAGCUCUGGUAGCAAACGUCCGGGAUAUACUUCGAGGUAUGGAGACGGGCGAAUCAGACCCCGAGGAUUGGAUGCUGAGAAGUUGGGCGGCGUAUCAAGUAUCCAUCCACGAGGCAGCUAUACCAGGAAAGGCACAUGACUUUGCACAUCUUGAUGUGGCUACACUUAUAAAGAUCGCUGCUCGUGGCUCAACGCCAGCUUCCCACCACCGUUGUGACCUCGACACUUGCAGACACCCAUACAUGGAGCUUUUUAUACGCGGUAUACCACCUAGCGCACGCCAAGAAGAUGUGCAAUCGUCGAUUGCAAGCGUACUUCAUGGGGGAAGUUUUUCGCGUUUAUCUUCAGAGCCAAUAAAUUUCGACUUUCGCUUUAUUGUGCAAUCUAAACCAGCUCGCAACAGGAUAGGCACGCUUACCCUCCCUUACGAGCAACUCGGAAGUGAAUUUCUCGCAAAUUAUGGGGAAUAUGCACAUGGAAGAAUUUCGGUUAAGGGGUAUAAUAUAUUGGUAACAAGGUCCAGGCACCAUGUGAACCGUAGUAUUGUGGAUAGGCUUCGCAGCACACCGUAUAGGAGCCCUCAAGAUGAACGAGAAAAACUAGCCACUCGUGGAGAAGAUGUGAAUCUCUCCCAGCGAAUUAGGAUCGCCGGCUUCAAUCAAGGCUACAUCCAAAGAAGCGGGGCUUUUCUGUCCGAGUACUCGGUAGAUAUGAGCGCUAGCUCAGAUGUCCGGACUAUCGACCUAUACAUCGAUGACUCCAAUCGCAUCAUUUUAUUAGAAAUUACUGUUAUCAAGGCCGGACCUACCAAUGGAAGUCUACCUUUCCUGGGUUCACUACAGAGCAGCACAAACUACUAUAUCAAGUUUCGGUAUUCCGAUCUAUAUAAGAUCACCUUCGACACUGACCCAGGGCGCUCCAGUAGCAUGAUAUUAUUCCAAUUGAACUCUCCCGUUUCCUACGAGUCUGCUGAAACCAUGACAGGAAUCCUGCAAAUAUUAUCUCCUGGCCAGCCUAGCCGGCGAAACAGACUCUCGUCACUUACUUUCGACUGCGAACAUAGUAAAAUCGCAAAAUUCGUCUCGCGAAACCUCCUGGUUCGAUUGACCCACGACCGGGCCGUAACAUUCAAACGACUCUACAAGCCCGCUACAACACAUCGACGGAUCCACAACAGCCCCAUCUACUUUACGCAAUCAAACAUGUUCUCCGGAACCUCUAUUGAGUCCCUUCAAAGGUGGAUCGAAGGGAAAGAAUGGAAAGUGGCCUUUCAGCUCUCGCGCAUUCUCAUGGAUGUGCUAAUCAACCCAGAGGAGUUCGCUUCGAUAAUGCCUACGAUCGAUAGGCUUGUUGAAAGCCUACCAAUCUCUCAAGUUUAUACAGUGCUGCUGGACUUCAUUGCCCGGUUGGAAGUUUUGGACCGAGGCGAAAGCUGGGAAGACCCACCUUCUGUUUCAGAAUGCCUCGAGCGCGCAGCUGUUACUAUUAGGCACCCUAUCGCACCUGUUCCAAGACUGAGACAAACCAGGGACAACAACAGCAAUGGAGAUUUUCCUUGCCUCCACGCCAUCGUCACCCCAACUCGGGUUCUACUGGAAGGCCCGGUCCCAGAACAGCUCAAUCGCGUACUGCGUAUGUUUCCGGGCAACUGGGACCAUUUUAUUCGUGUCCGCUUCACAGAUGAAGAAAAAGGACAACUGAAAUGGGAUCCCGACGUGAAUGGCCCACAAUUCGUCCGAGAGCGGGUAGGGAAGUACUUGAAAAGAGGUCUAAAAAUUGCUGGGCGACGUUUUGAGUAUCUGGGAUACUCGAAUUCAUCUCUAAAGUCACAUACAGUGUGGUUUGUUCACCCUUUUAACGAUCCCCAGCAUGGGCUUCAGAACGCAAGCACUAUCAUCACCGCUAUCGGUGACUUUUCCCGGGACAUUCAGUGCCCCGCUCGUAUGGGUGCUCGAAUCGGACAGGCAUUUUCAUCGACAGACCUAUCAGUCACCGUGCCAGCUGACAAAGUCAUUGCUAUCAAUGAUAUUGAGCGAAACGGAUAUUGUUUUACAGAUGCAUCAUACCAAGUUCGCCUCGGAGGGUACAAAGGGAUGCUUGCGAUCGACUACCGCUUGGAAGGCUCUGUUGUAUGCGUUCGUAGAUCGAUGGAUAAGUUCUCUUCACGCUCUCUCGACGUCGAAGUCUCCCGAGCAUUUGAUCGACCUGGGCCGUGCUUCCUCAACAGGCCACUUAUUAUGCUCCUCGACACUGGCAGUCAAGUGCCCAUUGAAGCCUUUCUUGGAUUACAACGCAAGGCGGAGGAAGAUACAAAGGCUGCUAUGCGGUCUUUUUCAAGUGCUGCGAGGGCCCUCGAGAUCUAUGGCCUUGGGGAUUCAUAUAAGAUUCCGUCUCUUUUACUAAAAAUGGAGAAACUAGAAGUAGAUCUGGGGCAACUCGAGUCCCUUGGGCUAAAUACCGUGCUCAAGGACGCUGAAGCCGACAUUCUCCGAGAUCUCAAGCACCAUGCUAGGAUCCCUGUCCCUCAUUCUUGGAAACUAGUUGGUAUCGCGGAUGAAUUUGAUUAUCUCGAGCCCCAGGAGAUAUACGCCUGUGUACGAGAUAGGGACCAGAGCCCUAUCUAUCUUGAAGGGCCUUUUCUGGUUACUCGUUCACCGGUGAUCCACCCCGGAGAUGUACAAGUAGUCACUGCGAUAGGGAGGCCACCUCCAGGAUCACCAUUCGAUAUAGAGCCCCUCGAAAAUACCAUUGUAUUUUCGUGUCAAGGUGAUCGCCCUCUACCUAAUUUCUUAGGUGGAGGUGACCUCGAUGGCGACCUUUACGAUCUCAUCAACCUCACAAAAGUACCCCAGCUCGCUCCGCGAGUUAUACACCCUCCAGCCGAGUACCCGCCCGCAACCAAGCGCAUGAUCCAAAACAGAGAAGCCACCAUCGACGACGUCACAGAUUUUAUAUGCGACUAUAUCAACUCGGAUAUGCUCGGUAUGGUCGCGCUCCGCCAUUUACGGCUGGCCGACGAACGUCCUCUCGGCGUAAACGACCCAGACUGUCUGAAGCUAGCCGAACUUCACAACAAGGCGGUCGAUUUUCAGAAAUCGGGAACACCCGUCGUGUUUGGAGAGCUCCCUCUCCCAGGUCGAGCAAAACCCGACUGGGAUGCCGGGGAGAUUCGAGGUCGCCGAGGGGCCCAGGACACGGUGUACACGAGCGACCGGGCUUUAGGACACUUGUACCGUGAUAUUCAGUUAGGGGACGAGCUCCGAGCGGGAGGAACGCAUCCGGACGUAACGUUCGGCCCUGAACUCCUUGACGUGGAGUUGAUUGCCCGGCCCCUCGAACAGAGCCAAUACGACUACAUGACGCGCCGAAUUCGAGAUUUGCUCGCUCAACACAUCCGAACCCGCACCCGCAUUAGCGAGACCACCAGCACCCCGCGAAACGACCUCGUCGAAGCCGCCGGGCUCUUGAGCGAAUACACCCACGAAUUGGUUCGGAUCUGCAACGACUACGCGCUUGCGCCGCGCUCGACCCUGUCCGAAGAAGAAGUGGUGGCAGGUACGAUCCUCGAACGGACGUCGCAGCGGCGAAAGCGACAAGACCGGAUAUCGGAGAUGCGGAACGCGUCGGCGAUAUUGGUCCAGAAUGUGCGGGAUGUGUUGCGUGGGCCGGAAGGAGAUUCGCUUGAAGACUGGGCGGGGAGGAGUUGGGCGGCGUAUCAGGUGGCCAAGGCGAAUUGCGAGGCAUUUGGGAGGAAGAGUUUUGGGCUGCUGGCGCUUGGGAAUGUGUUGGAUGCGGUGGAUGCGAUUGGUCAAAGGAAUCGAGACCGGCGUGUGCGCGCGUGA